GACUGAAUUUGCUCAAGCCGGUGGACACCCCGGCACCACCCUGCAAAACGAGCCUUGCGCUGCCUGCGCGCUCAGAACUCCACCCUUGGAGUCACCUGUUGGGGCGCCACACCCGCUUUGCCUGCGCAUGCGUAGUGCACGCCGCAAGGGCGUGGAGUCACGUGUUAGGGCCUGAGCGGUCUCCGUGGGGGAGCUUCCUGUCACUACUGCUGCCGCCGCCGCCGCCCGGUGGCCGCGGGAGCCCCGGGCGGUGCGGGGUGAGAGAAGGCCCGGGUUGGUUCCCGAUUCGCCGCGAGACCCACAGGCUUGGCAUGCCCGACUGACCUCGUCUUUUCCUUGAGCCCGCUCACUCGGUGCCCCCGCUCAGACAGGUAUCUAGGCUGCCAAGAUGCCAGGACCAAAACCUCGGAAGGGCCCUCAGGCCAUUGGUCAGGGUGUGGCAGCUGCCAAGCAGCUGGGGCUCUUUGUGGAGUUCAACCCUGAGGACAUGCUGCUGGGGAUGGAGGAGACUGAAGAUGAUGGGGACCUGGAGGCUGAGCUGUUGGCCCUCACUGGGGAAGCAGGGAUCACAGGCAGGAAGCCAGCACCCAAGGGACAGGCCCCCUUACCUAUGGCCCACAUCGAGAAGUUGGCGGCAGACUGUAUGCGGGAUGUGGAUGAAGAGGAGGAGGAAGAAGGGCUGGAGGAGGAUACAGACUUGCUGACUGAGCUGCAAGAAGUCCUGGGUGCAGAUAGGGAAGCUGGGGACCUGGAUUGUGAUGAGACAGCCGUCCUGGGUAGUUCUGAGGAGGAGAAGAGACAGGAAAACAUUGAACCUCCAGUGCAGACAGCUGUUGUAACAGCUUCAGUCCCAGCAGCUCAGGCUGGAGGGCCUCAGGAGCUGCAGGCUCUGCUGCAAGAUCGGAUCCACAAUUACCGGGAGGCUGCAGCCAGCGCCAAGGAGGCAGGUGAAGCAGCCAAAACCAGGCGCUGUGAGCGAGGCCUAAAGACUCUAGAGUCCCAGCUAGCUGCUGUGAGGAAAGGCAGGAAGAUCAAUGAGGAUGAGAUUCCACCUCCAGUGGCCUUGGGCAAGAAGUCCCUGGCCCCCCAGGAAACAACCAUCAGGAGCCCUGAGGCGGACACCCUUGUUCCCCCUACCCUAUUGCCAGACAACCCUUCCCAGCCUAAGACAAGCCUCUUGAGUAGCCCUGGCAUUUCUGCCCCACCUGAUUCAGACCCAGACCCACGGGCCCUGUUGUUGGCCCGACAGAGAGAUUACAAAGUGGCUGCCCUGAAUGCCAAGCGGGCCGGAGACCUAGACCAAGCCCGAGAGCUCAUGAGGAUUGGGAAGAGAUUUGGGGCCGUCCUGGAGGCCCUGGAGAAGGGGCAGCCUGUGGACCUGAGUGCCAUGCCUCCAGCACCUGAGGACCUGAAGCCCCUCCCACAGGCUUCCAAGGCCCUCACAGCACCCACAGUCAUACCCUCGGCAGUGGAGCGAGUGCAGCCAGUGAUGGCCUCUGACACCCCAGGAACCCCAGUGGCCCAUAUUGAGCCACAGACAGUGCUGGACGCCCUGCAGCAGCGGCUGAACAAGUACCGUGAGGCAGGCAUCCAGGCCCGGAGCAGUGGGGAUGAGCGAAAGGCCCGGAUGCAUGAGCGCAUUGCCAAGCAAUAUCAAGAUGCCAUUCGAGCGCACCGAGCAGGACGCAAAGUUGAUUUUUCCGAGUUGCCCGUUCCUCCAGGAUUCCCCCCCAUCCCUGGUCUGGAGCCCACCACGGGCACUGAGGAGGAUGCGGUAGCAGCUACUUUAGCAGCUGCCCAGAAACUGGCCUCUGAGGAAAUAGCCGCAGCAGAGGAAGAUGGGGAUGAGCCUCCAGCCCAGGCCCCAGUAUCCAAGAAGCCUCUGGUACCUUCCUCCCGGCCCCUGCCUGAGCCCAAGGCCUCGAGUUCUAAGGAGUCACUGAGUCCCUCUGUACGGGAGCAGCUGGCACUGCUAGAGGCCCGCAAAUUGCAGUACCAGCGGGCAGCCCUGCAGGCCAAGCGUGGCCAGGACCUGGAACAAGCCAAAGCCCAUCUGCGGCUGGCCAAAUGUCUUGAGGCUCAGAUCGUCCAGAUCCGAGCUGGCCAACCUGUGGACCUUUCCAAGGUGCCUUCACCCUUGACGGAUGAAGAGGGUGACUUCAUCCUCAUUCACCAUGAAGACCUGCGACUCUCCCAGAAGGCUGAGGAGGUGUAUGUCCACCUACAAAAAAUGCUUCUGGAACAACAUGAGAAGUGUCUGCUGUUCUCCAAGCAGUUCAUGCACCAGGGCAAUGUGGCUGAGACUACCCGGUUUGAGAAGCUUGCUCAAGACCGCAAGAAGCAGCUUGAGAUCCUGCAGCUGGCCCAGGCCCAGGGCCUUGACCCUCCUGGCCACCACUUUGAGUUGAAGACAUUCCAGACUGUGAGGAUCUUCUCAGAACUCAACAGCACAGAAAUGCAUCUCAUCAUUGUCCGGGGAAUGAACCUCCCAGCCCCUCCAGGGGUGACCCCUGAUGACUUGGAUGCUUUUGUGAGGUUUGAGUUCCACUACCCUAACUCGGACCAGGCUCAAAAAAGCAAAACAGCUGUGGUGAAGAACACGAACUCUCCAGAAUUUGAUCAGCUCUUCAAACUAAAUAUCAACCGAAACCACCGGGGCUUCAGGAGGGUGAUCCAAAACAAAGGAAUCAAGUUUGAAAUCUUCCACAAAGGAUCCUUCUUCAGAAGUGACAAGCUGGUCGGCACAGCCCACCUGAAACUGGAGCGGUUGGAAAAUGAGUGUGAGAUCAGAGAGAUUUUGGAGGUCCUGGAUGGAAGGAAGCCCACUGGGGGCAAGCUGGAGGUGAAGGUGAGGCUGCGGGAGCCUCUGAGUGGCCAGGACAUACAGAUGGUCACUGAGAACUGGCUGGUCCUGGAGCCUAGGGGCUUGUGAGGUGGGCAGUUCUCUGAGCCCUUAGAACCUCUGCCCCUGCUCUCUGCCCAGGCCCCAAAGGGACACUUCCAAUGGUCAAGUCAUAUCUAGGGAGAAAGCCUAAGAAUUUCUCAUCUGUGAGGAUGGUCAAGAGGCAAAACUGUUGGGUAGGGCUUGGGCUUAGUUGCUUAGGAUCCUCAGUAGAACCUGGGAGGGGAGUUAAACCUUCCCAGGUCUAACUGUUUUCAGGAAAUCCUUUCUAAACUCUAUUUGUAUAUUCACUGCAAUUGAGACUUACUUCCUACUUUCUAUGCUCUGUGCCUGUGCUUCAGUCAGUCAGUAUUGGGAGAGGAGUCAGGCCAGCGGCUGUGUGCAGAAGCAUACUUACUUUUCCCAGCUUUGCUGGCUGCAGAAGCCUUUGUACAUAAGGGAGAUGGAUGCUGCUAAACAAACACCAAAGACCUGUUAAGUAUGUGUAUUACUGACCACGGCCCUGGUCUCCUGUUGCUGGCCUCUUCCUAGGCCUCCACACCAAAGCAGGCUGGUCCAGUAGGCUGCCUCCCCUUCCUUCUGUGCCAUGAAGUCUUGCAGCCUUUUAAUCCCAGUAUAGCAACUGUGUGCAGCUUACCCUAGCCCCUAGUUGCAACAUUUCUGAAUGUGCCUUUAAAAGUUAUAACUGUAAAAGAUGAGAGAACUUAGAGUCAUCAGAAACCCCCCUGCUAGGGUGGGGGCAGGUUCUGGGACUCGUUUGUCAGUGGCGGUCAGUGCCACACAACUCUGUUCACCUUGCUCUGCCUGUGCCUUGUCUCCUGACAGCUGCCUGCACUAGCCUCCUUGUUCCCCAAGCUCUUAGUGGAGGAAGGAAGUUAUGUUCUGGACGGUGUGGUAAGAAGUAGGCAAGGCUAUAUCUUGGGUUCGGUCCAUGCAUCUAGAACUAAAAGACUAACUGGAAUGGGAAAAAAAUUUUUUUUUAGAAACUAGGUCUAAUUCAUCUAAUCAUCGAAGUCCUAAACAAAAGUCCUGUCACUUUUUAAAAGCCAGAGUAGCAGUAAUUAACAGAAACUGCUGCUAUGACUUCCUCAAAGAGGGCAGAGGGAGCCUUGCCUCUUCAGCUGAUCACCUAGGAAAAUCCCUUAUUUCUUUCCAAGAAAUUCUCCUUUGGCUUUGUGUUUCUGAAUGGAUGGAGACGGAGGGAUUUAUAGUUGCAACAGAUUUAAUAUUCAAAACUGCAGUAUUCCACAUUUCUUAGAAAUAAACUUGAACAUCCCAUUCUCCCACCACCACACCUUUUGAAGCAUUAGCUUAAGUUCAACAACGCAUUCCUCAAGGUCAUUUUAAAAAGGAUCUAAGUGAAGCAAAUACAUUGAGCUUACUGAUCACUACAGGACCGCAAAAGCACAGCUCUGGAGUUGUUUUGGUGUGUCUUUUUCUGGGAUAGGGCUGGACCGUGCUUCCCUGCCCUUAGUGGCAAAUCCUUAGUGGGUAACAGCAGGAAGGACAAAUGACUUUUUUUCCAAGAGCUUUCUGGCCAGUCUUUCUUACCCAUCAGAGUAAACUACCAAAAUUUCCACAGAUAUGAGAUUUAACACUUAAUUGUAGUUACAUCUGUGUGUCAAACAAGCAGUGAUCUAGAAUGAAAAGGAGUUGCUAGCCUUCAUAAGGUGGCCUAGCACAAAGAAGGGUUUCUGACCCAACCUAUCCUUCCCCUCAGGGUUUGCACCUCAACUAGUGCUUACUAAGAGGGUUAGGACAGCUGUGGUUAUCCUCAAAGUUUCCAACCAGCCCUAGGAAUUUCUAAACUCAGGCCUUUGCUGGAAAUACUCUGGUCCAAUUUGAUUGGAAAUAUUCUGUGGCUCACAGAUUUCCCCUUGCAACCUGUUCAAUUUUAGUCUCCUUCCCCAUUUUUGGAAAACAGAACCUCCAGGCUGAGGGAUGCAAGACAAAGCUGCCCACUGGACUUGGACACAGGUUCUGAAAGGGCCUUUGUUGUAGUCAGGGCAUGCAGGGGUCACUGGUAGUGGGUGGAGCCAGACCGGUCUCAGCUUGUCCUAAGAUUUGCCCAAAUGCAGCAACCAAACAUUGGAGAUUAGUGACUUGAACAGUUGAGAACCACCCAUGACUGAAAUAUUUUUAAAUUCUCUCUUUAAUCUAGUGCAAGGCACACUUUCUUCUGAAUUAGUGAACUAAAUAAAAUAGGGAAGACAUUUUUUUCUUAGGAAGUCUUGCUCACAGUGAAAAGGCAAACUAUUUGUGACUUUAACAUUAUUUUCCUUUCUUGUACCAUCAUUCUGAAACCUGCAUUGUUGGUUCCAAAUUUUGAGAGCUUGUUUACCAAAUUUUGUGGGCAUGUCUAAAAGAUCCUGCCCUUUAACUAGGCAGCUCCUUUUAGGAUGAAACUGUGGAGCUGAGACUGGUGGAGCCAGGGAGCUUGCACCUGGUCCAGCUCCAUGACAGACUCUUCCUCUCUGGGCCUCAGCUCCCCAAAUCUAGAAUGGGCUUAUCAUUCCUGCUCUACUCCUUAGCCUUUCUGGCUACAUAUACAAUCCCUAAAAUUCCCAUUAAUGUUAAAAUUAUUUUAGCAUUAAAAUAGGACAAACUUAUUCAGUACAGAAACAGUGUUCAGAUUUCUUGACUGACUAAAAUACAUUAAAUGCACAAAUUAUUUCCCCUGAUGACUAGUUAUGACAAAUAAAUUUAGUUGGAAUUGUUGGGCCCACAAGCAUUCUGGAACCACUGGAUGAGGGACGAUAUUAGAUGGGAACUUACACACGAGUCAAAGUCCCAUAUUUCUAUAGUCCAGUAGGAGGAGCUCGGAAAGUGUUGAUAAAAAUAAAUGGAGAAACACAUUGGCUAGCAUUUGGUAAGAAUUCAGUAAUUUUUAAAAACAAUGUUAUCAUAUGGUAAUUCUAUUCCUCUUCAGUUUAUAAGGGUACCUGUAUGUCAAUCUUUAAGUUUACAUUCUAGAAAAAUUUGACUUAUUUAGAAAAGUGAUGUUUCAGCUCACUGGUUUAUAUAAUUCUUACAAUAUACAGUGUAUAAAAACAAGAAGGGGAAAAGUAAACUAGCCUUGGCUAUUUUAUGCAAUUGAGAAUGGACCUGACUCUGCAGGGCCAGUUUGUCCUUAGUGGGAGAAUUUAAAAGCUUGUACUGUCCCAGAAGAAAUAUGUACAAUUGCAAGCUGGAUGUUACAUCCCAAAUCCCUGCCCCCAUUAACAGGUGUUCCUGUCAGGUUUUGGAAGGAUGUGUGUGGUCCCAGGGCUCAGUAUACACUGGUAUUCUUUGGUCAUCUACUCUUUCCCUUAGAAGCCCUGAGUACCUCUGAGUCUGUAGGAAAGGUCACAAUCACAGUUCUCGGCAGCCACUACCAGCAAAGCCUAUGGAGAGACAGAUAGAGAAUGUGGAUUUCUACACACACACCCCAACCAUGUAAAUGGGAUAAAUGUAGGUAGACACACUUCAAAUUAAAGGCCAGGCUUUUAGGCCUAUUUGGAAGACGGCUGCUGCCCUAAAUAUAGCUCCACAGCCUUAAUUUCCAAGUGCUAAGCCCAGCUUUAACCACUGGGAAGCGGCCUCGCACUAUCCCAGAGGCCUGCAGUAGCUUCGAGGAUUCUUGGAGCUGCACUUUUAUGCAGAGGGACCAUCUGCUGCUUGGCCUAGGCUUUCAGAAGAUGACAGUGACAAGGGAGUGAAUUACCCUAGAAUCAUGUUUUUCAAACUCUCGAUUGUGAAAUCCAUUAGGUCUGUGACCAGAGUUUUUAAUGGAAAAGAAAGUACUCAGAGUAUAUCAUAUAUGUCAUGGAUAAACCAAAUCAUGGUUUCUAAUACCACUAAAAUAAACCAUGACUGAUUCCGAGGCUGGGGCAGGGUGAGUAUUAGAUGAGCCUGGAAUGUCUUGUUAGGCCAGAAAAAAUAAGAUAGGAGCAUGUCACAAGGAUGUAGGAGCUACCCUGAAGGGCUGCUCUCUGGCCAAAGCUGAGGCCUUUUGAGGACCCAAAUAAUGAAUUAGAACCUUUCACAAAGUAAACCACAAGUCCACAGUGGAAAUAAAUAGGGAAGAAGGGAGAGCUUUGCUUAUAGACGACCAAGUGUAACUGGUAAAGGUGGGAAUGCUAGAAUUGAAAAAUCUUUCUUGUAGCCAAGACAUUUGCACGAUCUGAAAAUGUUUGUACACAUUGGUUAUUCAUUCCAAGGAGGGAAAAAAACAGUGGAGAAAUUGGACAACAUUGACCAGGUGAUCAAAACUGACCAUCAUCAGUGACCCCAGAGGUGAUUCCUUGAAAAGGACACAUCACUUAGGUAGGAUUCUGGCCAAGAAUGCGUAAACUGAUUCUAAUUAUGAAAAGACACCAAUCAAAUUUGAAAAAUGAGGUGAGGGAACGAUACUCACAAAAAUAUGAAGGGCAUAAAAGAUAUAGGUGGGUCAGGAAAGCUAUUUGCCAUGUCUGAUCCUAGGCUAGAAGCUUUACAAGAGGGACAAAUGCCAUAAAGGACAUUAUUGGACGGAUGCUACAGUAAAGUAGCUGAUUUAUCAAUGUUACAUUGACUGAGGUUGCAAAAUGUCCUGCUGUAAUGUAAGAGAAUGUCCUUAAUUUUAGGAAAUGAGCAUUAAAGCAUUUAGGGGUAAAGGGCUAUUACCUAUGCAACUUACUCUCAAACGUCUCCAUUUUUUGUGGAGAGACACUGACAAAGCAAAUGAGGCAGAAUGUUAAUAUGUAAACAACAGGUGAAUGUAGGUGAAGCAUACAUAGGGUUUUUUGUACUUGCACCCUUCUUGGAAGUUUAAAUUAUUUCUCAAUAAAGUGUUUUUAAAAAUACUUCUAGUGUAUAUUAGAACUAAAAAUGUAUUGCAUGUGUUGUCAGCUUUCACAGAAAGGCCCACCAAUACCUGCCAUUCUCUGGGGCAGAUGUUGAGCAAUCCUCAAUUUGGCUCUGCUUUCCAAGUCACCUCACUUACACUGAGUCACCCUUCCUUGGCUAGAAGAGGGAUAAUCCAUUGGGUAAUCUGGUAAAAACAAAAAAAAUCUGUGACUUCUACUUGAAGUCACUGAUGUAUGGGACCAUACCAGUGUGAUAUUCUCUUUAUAUCAAUUCUGUACAAGAGUGCAAGACUGAUGCUUCAUUUUUUAUUUCUCCUCUGCCCCCC